UUUAUUCUUAAGGGCUGUUGCUGCAAAUCCACCAAAGGUCCUGAUACUGAACAUGAAAUACAGCAGCGAUGUCGCGACCCCAGUACCGGCGCCUGUGCCGGGGGCCACUACAACUCCGCUCCCCAGGACGACUCAGCAUUACAUUCUACAUACCAGUCACCUGACUACUCAUAAUACUAAGUUUCAUUCAACUAGUAGGUCCACACCAAGAAGAACUAAUUCUCCAACACACUCAACAAGUCAUACAGUACAUCAUACAAUUACUGUAUCAAAAGUCUCAACUAGUACUCUGUCCAGAAAAUCCACAAGCAGCACAACUAGCCACCCAAGCCACACUACUAAAAAAACAAGUAGCUCAACCACUGUUCUAUCAAAAAAUACUAAUCCAACCAAAUUCACAACUCGCCCUUUGUCAAGCCAUGUUAGUCAUGGAAACAGUGGUUCAUCUACUGCAUCAUCAAAGCAUACUACAAAUAAAAUGACUAGCCAUCCAUCAAGCCACACUACUAAAAAAAUAAGUGGUUCAACUACCAUUCCAUCCAAAAAAACUAAUCCCACAAAAUACACGUCCAGCCCUUCGUCAAGCCAUGUUAGUCAUGGAAAUACUGGUUCAUCUACUGCAUCAUCAAAGAGUACAGCAGAUAAGACAACUAGCCAUUCGUCAAGCUAUGCUACUCAAAAAACAAAAUGUUCAUCCACUGUUCCAUCAAAAGAUACUACUAAUUCCACAAACAACACAACUAGUCCAAUAUCAGGCCAUGUAACUCACAGAGUUGAUGGUUCAACCACCGCAUCAUCAAAAAGUACUACAAAUGAUACAACUAUAUCUCCAUCAAACCAUACUGCUAACAGACCAAAUCGAUCAACCACUGCUCAAUUAAAAAAGACUACUCAUUCCACAAGUCACACACAUAGUAUUCCAUCAAGCCAAAUUACUAACAGUUACAUUAACAUUUCAACCACUACUCCGUCGAAAAAUACUACUGAUUUCAUAAAAAUCUCAACUAGACCAUCAAGCCAUAUUGAUGACAGAGGACAGCUGUAG